ACGAUCGCAACGCCAGAGUUGCCUCCAGUAAGUUUAGCAGGAAACACGUUGGAAACUCUAUACCAUCAGCACAAAGAUAUGGCUUUUGAGAUUAUAAGCGUAUGCGUGCCCGCGCGUGCCGCAACAACCGGUGGCGCUAUUCACUACUAAAAUUCAAGCAAGACGCUUGUAAAGAAAAAAAAAACAUCGCUCGUGCAUCUAUCGGCGUUGAUGCAAUAUAGCGCCAGUGUUGCCAGUGUAGCAUAAGCCUUGUUUGUGUCUGCGUUCUGUAGUUCGGGGCGCAUGCGAGCGGUCGGCAAUAUCGAGCAGCAGUAUAGUUGCACAACACGCUGCCCAGAACACGCUCGCUGCCUGCAAACAUACUCUUGCACGCGAUAGCUCGAAGAAGGCGGGAAAACCAUGGCACAGAACGGGACGCGUCGGGACGCACGUGAGGCUCGUUCGAGAAGGCAGCGUGGCAGGGUGACAAUUGCAAAAGCGAUUGCGCGCGUCUGCGCGCCCGGCACCCGCAUUGUGUCAACGCGCAGAGGCAAGAAUCGAGACUUGGCCGAAAGUGGACCCUCUGGAUCAGCAGCCACGACUUCAGGUGACGACCCCACAGCUGCGGAAGAAAGCGACCCAGAGGCUUCGGAUGAUCCAGCUACCACGGAUGACGACGCACAAGACUCUGCCACCUGCGCAGUGCAGGGAGCAGGGCCACGACCACGCGGACUCGGCGAUGGCGGACUCCAGGCUUGUCACAUCUGUCGAAAGACCUUCGCCCUGAGGUCGUCCGUCCGACGACACCUGAGGAAUAAGCACGCCGACGAAUAUCUGCGCCUGUAUUACUACGUCACCGAAAGCAGAGACCUUGAAGCCAGCGCAGCGCCAGCAACACUACGACGCAAGUUCAAGGGCGACGGACCCCACGUGUGUCACGUGUGUGAAAAGACCUUCGCCCGCAGGUCGUGCGUCCGACGACACCUGAUGAACAAGCAUAUGGGCGAAAGGCUGUACCACUGUGCCAUCUGCGAAAGGAACUUCGCCCAGAAGGCGUCGCUCGCUCGUCACCAAGUCACGCACGCGCGCGGGAAACUGCACGAGUGCUCGGAGUGCGGGGGCGAAUUCGCCUCCAAGAGCACCCUUCGCGCGCACCAGUCGACGCACACCCGCGCGAAGCCGCACAAAUGCCGCCUCUGUCCGGCCACGUUCGCCAGGUUGGACACGUUGAACUGCCACCUGCUGACGCACACGAAAGAGCGGCCGCACAAAUGCGAAACGUGCGAAGCAAGGUUUUCCGACAAGGCGACGCUCAGGCGUCACCGCCGGACUCACGGGCGUCAGGCCGUCGCCUCGGAUCACCCACGCUCGUCUGGAACUUGUUCCCCUCUUAUCACUCCACAGCAGGAAGAGGAGGACGACGACGAACAGAUGCACGCGAACGAGAAGUACAGCUGCCGUGCCUGCGGCAGGGAUUUCUUUCAGGUGGAAACAUUCGCGAGCCACAUCGAAGAACACGCGGGCGGGAAGGUGUAUGCCUGCCGCGACUGUCCGGUCACGUUCACUCAUCGGAGCCACCUGGAGAGACACAAGCUCCGGCACUCGGGCAGAAAACCGUACGAAUGCAGCACAUGCGGUAAUAGGUUCACUCGGCCCUGUGCCCGGUCGCGUCACUUGCGAGAAGUUUGCUGUGCUAAGGACCAAACUGCGACGCAGGAGGAGGUAACUGAUGAGGCUUCGACAAGCGGUCGGCGAGCGCUCGCACCGUCCGAAAGCGACGGAAAGACCGGUUCGGGACACAAUCUUUUCCAUUGUGAGGUGGAUGUCAAGGCUUCGACAAGAAGCCGCCAGACGCCGCCACCAUCCGAAGGUGAGGGAGAGACCUGGUCACGGCUUGAUCCUUUGAAUUGUGAGGUGACUGGACAGGCUUCGUCGAGCAGACGCCAGACGCCGCCACCAUCUGAAGACGAGGAAUAGAAUUGACUUGACCCUUUGCAUUGUGAGAUAGCUGGGCAGGCUUCGCUAAGUGGCCGCCAGCUGCUGUCACCCUCCGAAGGCGACGAAAACACUGGUUCAGGACUUGGUCCGUUACAUUAAUUUGCGAGCUGCAACAGAAAGGCUAAAUGAGCAUGUUGACACAUCUUUACAUUCAAGCAUCACAAAGGACACGGGGAAGUGGGAGCGUUCUGAGCUGACGGGCGUACCCUUGAAGGAGGUGGCUGUCGGUCCGUUCCUUUGUGGGUCAAUGGGCGUAUUCUUGGUGACGCGGCCCGACAUGCGAGUUCGUGAGCCGGCCGAAAGACAAGUUGACUAUUUGUUGACUUAUCGAUUGCGAAAUCAUACCUGUACCUACAGGCUCAAAGAAGCACACACUUUGUACCAGAAAAGGUAAGACACUGAACAGGAGAGCACGUCUUCUCUGUCUACCGUUGUGCGCUUCUUCAGAUCUAUGAACAGACCAGACAAGGAACUUCCUUUAAAAGGUACCUGUACCGCCUGACUACGUUAUGUAAUGUGUAUGAGAGAGAUUGGCACCGAAUACAUAUUCAAAAGAACGCUUCUUAUAUAUUCAGCGCCCCCUUUCGUUUGUUUGGAAAAAUGCCACAAAUACUAGCAUAUCUUUCAUUUUCUUUUGUAAUAUUUUCAUGUCCUUAUUACAUAAAAAUAUGAUUGAAUAAAUAUAUUUAAUCAAGCUCGGAUGGGCAAUAAAAUGUGUCAUUGGCAGA